AUGGAGCGCAUAAAGUGGCGCUUCCACCAGCGACCACUUAUCUGCUGCGUCGGCUGCCCGUUUCACAUCUGCCUACCACUGCUCAUGUAUUUGUCGCUGGGGUGCGCAGGCCAGGAGAGAGGCCCAGGAGGAAGGAAGGAAUCGCCAGGCACAUGCACCGCCUCCACCACACCGACUUCCAACCAGGCCACCGCGAGGUUGGGUGUCAGCGUCAAGCCCCAAUUGACGACGGACGCGAGGAGCGAGGAAGGACCCAGGAGCCUGGGUCCGAAGAGCCCACCACCACCUCCCCCUGGCUUCAUCAAGGUCGGUCCCGAGGCGGGGGUUCUAGAAGGACUUUUCACUGUCUCGCUCUUUGUUUUUCGCCCUUUAAAUGUUCGCCCCUCUCGGGCCCGUUACGGGAAGCUUGACUUGAGGUUACUGAUUGCUUGGAGCUUUUUUUGUGCUGCUGACUGCUACGUUUUCUGCUCCGCCCUGAUUUGCUUUUGUGAUGCUCGCUCACCUCGGGACCUACCCAUGAUGCUACGUAAGCGGGAGACCCGGGCAUGGAACCGUUGGAGACAGAGGCGACCCAACCAAGGGGAACUUACGGCAGGGAACCAGGGACGGGGGACCGGGGUGGCGCUUGCUCGGCUGGCUGACUGA